GUCGUGAUCCCUCAGUCAAUCGGCGUGGUGUCGCCCUUUACCUCCCUCUGGGCGAUUUGGAACACAGAUUGCGUUUUAGAUUCAGUUCCGCUCUGCUGCUUUCGAGUGCGUUUCGUCUUGGCGUAGUUGGCCGGGAGGCUGGGAUCAGCGGGCUGCAGCUGCUGAGACGAGGAGUUUUCCCAAACGUCGUCGGCGAACGUCACCUUGCUUCGUGAUUUAUUGUGGUGUGCACGUCUGGGCUUUCAUUCUCCUAGUGAUCUAAUCUCGAGCAGCGAUGACGGCAGGGCGGGCUACCUGCACGGCCGAGACGAUGGAGCGUGUACCGUGUUGCAAGCUGCAGCUCGCUGUUCUCUAGGUUGACUAACGGACGUCUGUAGUUGCGUUCGUGAGCAAGCAGGUGGACGCUUUGCGUAGUCUUAUGGUAUCGCUGGAGUUGUACGCCUUGCAGGUUGGGAGCUGUUUCAUCAGGGCGGGAUAGUCAGCUGUGAAGAAGAACGGAUCACAAUGGAUUCGGGGAGUGCGUUGAUGCAGCAGCAGAUGUAUGGCUUGUCUGGAGUCUGUGAUGUGGGAUGCUGGAAGAAAGGACGGGUAGCCCGGGUGCAGCGUAAGGUGCGGUUGCCUCGUGGACAGAACUUGCAAUGCUGGUCCAACCGGCCGAUGGAGCUAUCGACCAGCGUCAGCAUGAAGGUGCGCGCUGUGCGGGAGGGGAUGGUGGCGGAAUCUUCUGUAACAGAGCCGCGGAAUGGUGCACACACAGUGCCAGCGGGUUUACGGAUUGAAAGCACGCCGACCAAUUCGUACAUAGGCUAUGGCUAUGUAGAUGAGGAGAACUUUUACAGGGAACGCUUUGUUGUGCGUUUCUCAGAAGUCGGUGAUCGAGGGACUAUGUCACUGGAGAUGCUAGCUUCGUUACUGCAGGAAGCUGCGUGCAAUCAUGUUGUUAAGAUUGGUUAUGGAGCCUUCGCGGGAAGGGACGAUCGGCUUAUUACUGUUACAACACGAAUGCAUAUCGAAGUUGAUCGAUAUCCUGUGUGGCAAGACCUUUUGGAAAUUGACACUUGGUAUUGCACGGAGGGGAGAAAUGCUGUUAGAAGGGACUGGACGGUGAAAGAUGUGAAAUCCGGCGAAAUCAUUGCAUUUGCUACAAGUACUUGGGUUAUGAUGAAUAUGGACACCAAGGUUAUUCAGCGGAUUACGGAUUCGAUACGGGCUGAAUAUGCUCCGUGGGCAAGGGAUCCUCCGAUAUGGGCUCUAUCGGAAGAUCGAAUUAAAGCAAGCUCUGGACGUAUUCCUAAAAUUAAUGGAGAUGCAGAAUUCCAGAGAACUGGACUUUAUCCAACAGAGAGAGAUCUGGAUAUGAACCAGCAUGUCAACAACGUCAAGUACAUUAGCUGGACAAUAGAGAGUUUACCCCUUGAAUUUAGAGCAACUCACGAGAUACGCAAGAUCACACUUGAAUAUCGCCGGGAGGUUCAAAAAGGCGACACUGUGGAAUCUAGGGCAAAGGCAGAGCUUGGCAACAAUGAAGACAGUCGGGAGUCGUCGGAGGAACGGUUUAUACAUGUCAUCAGAAAUCAGGAUGGCCAAGAAAUCAACAAGGGGCGCACAGUUUGGACUCGUUUAGAAUAAUCGUGAGUCUGAUAAUGGUUUGCGCAAGUGAAAGUGAUUCUCAUGUGAACAAAUACUACACUCAAUACUGCUGCUUUAUUCUUGCAAAAGCGAGAUUUAGCUUUGGAUAGUGUCCCGAUGCAAUUUACUGAAACGGUGUAUUUUUAGAAGUGACUGAUAUGAGCUUUUCACCAGACUUUGUAACGUAAAUGAGGUCCACUGGCAGUGCUAGAAUUUUGUUUAACAGUAAGUUUUUUGUUGGUCGUCAAUAUUUGUUAGUAUUGGUGAUACUCAGUGGUCCAUCUGGCCACCAGAAACUCUACUGAAUGUAUUUGAAGUGGAUCAAUUGAUUUCAGACACCAUGACAUCUCACACUUUGGUAUA